GCCUUAAAGCUCACACCUGGAAUGCAGGUUCAGCAGUUCCAAGGAGUCGUCUCUCAGCAGACAUGACCGCUUUUGUGUGCAGGUUUGAACCCGUCUGUCCUGUGGUACUGCGCCUUUCCCUUCAAUGCAGGAUCUCUUCGAGAAAGCGGUGGAGGAGGUGAAGGUGCUGAGAACACAACCCAAGUAUGAAGAAAUGAAAGAGCUCUAUGCUCUGUACAAGCAGGCCACAAACGGGGACGUUAAUUUUGAUCGUCCGGGGGUGUUCAACGUUACAGGAAGAGGGAAAUGGGAUGUCUGGAACCUAAAGAAAGGUAUGACCAAGGACGAGGCCAAGGCCGCUUACGUGGACCUGGUGGAGAAGCUGAAGGCAAAGUACGGAAUGUAACCGACUCCUGUGUUGCCAUCUCUCACCCGGGCACAUUUGGAAAACGGAACGUUUUGAUUGAGUUGAGUCUCCAAAUUCCCAAGAGUUGAAAGUCGACAAUUUGAAGUUCAAACUACAUUUCCUUAACCAAUGUGCCUGAGAAGACCAAGCGCUUGUGAGUACAGUGAUGUCACCUCUGUUGUUUUAGGGAUGGGGCCGAAUCGGGUACUUUUUUUUUUUUUUUGGCACCGACCCGAUCCCGCCGGUCCUAGCGGGCACCGAUUCACGUAAAAUCCACGUCCUGUUGCUGACUCUGCACUUGGCGAUCACUGCAGCAGCACUGAGAGCGGACUCCGCCAAACUACUUCUAGGUAAUGUUGCAAUUUCCAAUGCCGACAAAGAAAUUGACUCAAAAAAACGCUCCGAACGUAAGCAAGGCUCCGAUUGUCCAAAAAAAAUACGUUAGCUUGAUGCUAAUAUAUAUUGGUUUUGCUCUUGACAUGCUACUGAUUAGCAUUGGCGAUUUUACACCUCCAAAUGUGUUAAUGACAACUAAGAUGCACGUUACAAUCAAAAGAGAUGGUGUGUGGUAUGUGCAAUACUUACAGUAUUAACACUUUUUAGGGCGCAACAAAAACAUAAAAAAACACCAUAAAAUAUACACUACUGACAUCUAAUGUCUUGGACUUGCAACUGUAACUACAACUUGAUGUCAUACUUGCAAAUGUGACAGUAAAACAAGGCAGUUAUCAUCAUCAGUUCAUCUUUAAAUGUUGCAAUAAAAAAUGAGGUUUUAUUAUCAUAAACAAUUAUUAUUUAUCAACACACGCAAAAGUAUCAAAACUUGGUACCAGUAUGGAAUUCUCAGGUACCGGGAAUUGCAACCGUAUCGGUUCAAACGUGAUCGGUGCCCAUCCCUAAGUACAACUGCUGGCUAAGAGGAAAGGUGAUUUACUGUUUUAAUUGGUUUUACCCUUUUAAAAUCAUUUUUAAUCAUAUUUAUUUUAUAUUGUUUUUAAUUGUGUUUAAUAUUGUUGUGCAGCACUUUGGAAACAAUUUGUUGUUUAAAUGUGCUAUAUAAAUAAAGUGGAUUGGAUUGGAUAUUUACAGCAAAAGCAUAUUCAAAGGGUGUGUAGUUUUACUUCAUUUAAAGCUGUUACACUUCUACUUACACUAAUGACACUUAAUGGGUUAUUUAAUCAGAAUCAAAAGAUUUGUAUUGUCGUCUGUUUUCAAAAUAAACCAAGCAGGAAGUCAACCAGCGUCUCCUCGAGUUAGACUUUGGAGGCUCCACUGUACUUGUCUCUGUACUGGCUUUGGCUUUUUUCAAAAACCUGAACCAAAAUACUGACAGGAGUGUAUCGACUCCCUUCCAAUGAGAUUACAAAUCUGCAUCUUUCAAAAUAAAAUGUCACUUGUA